AUGAGUUCGAGCAAUGGACCCAAGUAUAAUCUAAAUCGAUUUAGACGGAUCCCAUCGCAGCACUCAGCAGAUCAGACGUAUUUGAACCCCAAUGAGUCGCUCAACCAGAAUACCACGAGGACAGUUUCGUCGGGGUCGACAUCGAUACUCAGCACACCGAGUAAUAAUAUCAGGCGGAUACAGCAUCAGAAACAACAGCAGCGGUUGCAGAGGGAGCAAAAAGACCCGAAGGAUCAGAAGUCUAAACGGCCUUCGAUGAUAUCACGUCCGAGCAACGUGAAAAGCAAGUUGUUGAACCUACAAUCGCUGAAGAAGUAUAUGACAAAUGAAAAAGGGACAGACAGGGCAGGAACGCAGGCGUUUGCCAUUCGAAAACCCCUAGACAUGAGUACGUACGACUAUUCAGUGUUCACCAAUUAUUCGAAUGAAAGUGAUGUGCAAGACGACGAUUGCUUACCGCCAGCCAUCAAGGAGUCGCAGGUUAAGGCAUGGGAGUCGGCCGAAAAGAUUACGAAUAAUUUGAUCUUCAAUGAUACAUCAAGUGAGAGCGAUGAUGACGACGAUGCAGACGGAGAGCCGAAAGGUGCGAAAGAAACGAAACACCGCAACAACGAGAUCAUACAGUCGCUUCCAGGAUACACGAAGGGGGAGCUAGGUAUCAUACAGACUCGUUUUAAUGAUAGACAGAAACAAGGACCAAAUGUAACUAAUUUUGGCGAUGAUGAAGAGAAGCAAUUGCUCUGGGACUAUAGAAAGCGGCAGCAAGCCACGCAAGAGAAGCUCUUCAGCCAAUAUCUGUCGCUUGGAAAUAAGCGGAAGAUCCAACUUGCACAGAAAAAGGAUUUGCUCUACAAAAUGUUUGGUUAUAACAACAAUGUAAACCAGGAGUAUGUUACGAAUAACACGCCGUACUCUGCUAUUGAUAAUGCGGCCAAUUCGCUGAAGGCCUUCCACGAGGAUAAAGAAGAAAUAGGCCUGCUUAUUGACGAGGACAGACUUUACCACCAAUUGUUACAUGAUACCAAGGUAUAUUUGAAUACCGUCCAGAAUAACCGGUUGGGGAUCAAUAAACGCAAACUGAAAAAAAUAGAAAUCACAGAUUUCGACUACGAGAAAUUCCAAAGCAUAGUUUCUUUCAAGCUUGAUCAUUUGUAUGAUAAGUUUUUCAUCAACUACAACAGCUCCAAACGUGUAGAUAUCGGCGAUACCGAUGAAGUGUCCGAAGAAUUGUACAACUUUACGACAGCAUUCUUAAGACGAUGUAUUAAGGACAUCGACGAUAUCGAAGAGUCUACAUAG